GGGGAGUGGCGGGAAAACCGAGGAAACAGUUACGAAGCAGCAACGCGGGAAAAUAUGGUCCUUUCUUGUUCGGCUUUUUUUCUAAAAUAACAGGCUUAAGACUCGAUGUUUACCUUUGUAUACGAAUUAUGAUUGAACGGUUGAAUUGAUUGCUAUACCAAACUAUUCAUCAGCAUCGUACUGCAAUCGGGAGAUCAUAAAUCGCUCUUCCAUUCUUGUCCGGUAGUUGUUUACCGAAGUCACAUAAGAAUUUCCGGGUACACGACUAACACGACAGGCGCACAGAUUUCCGGCGUACCAGGAAUCUGUGAGUGGUCCGGUGGUGGAGACCUUCCGGCGCGUGCACCAGGAUACGGAGUGUUACGACGACGACGGCGUCGCGUCCGAGGCCUAUACCGGUCCCCUCGGCGGGCGGAGCUACAUCCGCACCAUGGUGUAUGCGUUCUACCGCGAGGCGUCGCUCCAAUUGUCCGAGCUGCACGAGCAGCAGACGGGGCAGUUUCGCGGAUCGUCUUCCUCCUCCGCCUCGUCUUCCUCCAAACAGGCCGCCGCGCGGUCGAGCUCCGGCUUCGACUUUGACCUCGACCCGCAAUUGGUAAUGGAACACCCGAAAACGGGGAUCAACAUGAACAACGCGGCCUGGGCGACCGCCGUUCCGCUGUACAGCAGCGAGCCGGAGAAGAUCACGGCCAAGGAGCUGGUGCUGGUCACGAACGUGAUGGCGAAACUGCGCGUCACCAGCGACGUGUCGAAGCGCGUGGACAGCGCGGGCAUGUACCGCAGCCAGAUGACGACAGAGGAUGUGGAGGCCUUGAAACUGCACCGGAACCUGUUCGACCUGUCCCUGGAGUGCGUGGAAAAGAGGCUGCUCCCCUUGGGGCUGGAAGGCAUCCAGCCGGCAAGCCUGGAAAAGUACAUGGAGACCGACCGGUGGGGGUUGCUUCGUGGAGCGGGGGGCGGCGGGGGCGAUCGACAAGCCGACGCAAUGGACAUCGGGCUGCUGAAGGAGGAAAUCGCCAACGCCGUAGCAGCAGCGCAACAGGCGGGUGUGGUGGUCCCGGAGGACAACGGUGGGGCUGCGACGGUUGGCACCGAGCUGGAUUCUACUGAAAAUGCUGCUCCUGCUGAUAAGAACAAAGAAGGAAGAAGUUCGGAGCCGGACGAAUCACGGCAGGAAAUAAAACCAAGCAAGCAGAAAACACAGCAGAAUCAGGGUGAUGCCACUGACGACAGUUUUGCGACGGCGAAGCACAAAAAAAGUCACGACGCGGCUGCAAACGACAGUGAUGAAGCUGCUGGACGAGACGAAGUCGCUGGCGCGGAUGAAGCGUUCGACUCGACAGGUGAAACUGCCGAAGACAGUGUCACGUCUUCGUCGGAACACGACAAACAGAACAAGAAGCCAUCGCCGGCGUCCGCGACCGUGGUUUCAGCCAGAAAAGGAAGAAACCCAGAGCGUGAAAUGGAUGAAGCGGAGCUGCAGCAGAUGAAACUUUUGGGACCGAAUGAACAAGCUGGCGGUAGUAGUUCGAGUAGAAGUCCAAGGCAAGGCAGCAAGAAAAGUCCGGACAGUGCUGUUUCGCCAUCACCGAACGAAAGACGGCUAUCCAAAGGAAGCGGUGAAAAAACAAAGUCAAAGAAUCUCGGGCAAGAAUUACGUCAAGCGGAACUUCUACAGAAAAAGAGCAGCAAAGAAGGAGCGUCGAAGCGGCCGAGUAAAGUAGAGAACGAAGUAGUACACGCAGCACAUGCUAGUACGCAAGGUAGGAACAACAUCAAGAGCCGUAGCAACAGCAAAGACCGAGACGAUUCGCCGGACGAAGAUUUUCCGCGAGUGGGGGACGCAGCGUGCUGCCAUGUCGACGGUGGUAACAAGGAUGGUUCCUCGCUGUUGAAUGGUCCGGCGAGUUUUUUCAACUCCAUCACGUCGCUAUUCAGCAGCAAGCGCACCUCAAAGAGCCCCGACGAGGAGGAGGACGCAAGCAGUCGCAAUCUUCCGGACGAUGUAGAUAGCGAGGUGGAGGACAAAAACGACGACUAUGCCAGUCCCGAGCGAAGCAGUUCCGAGAGGCCGAGCAGGCCCAGCGAGCGCAAAGGGAAGCUCUCACCGGCGGAGGAAAGGUCAAAGACCGGCCUAGUGGCGGAAAAUCUACCGCCAGACGAGGGUAGUCGAGGAGCGUCUUCCCCUUCCAGACCAGCGAAAGCGGGUAGAACGCCACCCAAGAACGUCAAGGCCGACAAGAAUGAGGUUUCCGACUCGGGCAAGGCGAGCGAUACACCCGAAAGUGCCGCGAGACCGGGAGGGAAGAAGAAGCAAAGGAGCCCGGGGGAUAUAGCAAAGGAACAACUGGUACUGGACAGUCCUAGUGACAAACGACCAGCUGCAGAAGCAGCCGAAAGUAAAACAGCGCCAGGACCACAGACGGACGGAGACAACCCAGAAACGCAAGCGGUCAAUAAGGUUUUUGAAAAGGUUCUCGCCUCUCUCCCGCCUGAGCAGCGCGAGGACAGGGACGCGUUGGCCCAGGUACUUCCUUACCGUGACUGAGCAUUUUUCGUAAGCGAAAUGCUCCGCAUAUCGCGACCUGUGGUGCCUCAAUACUGUUUGCAUGGAUAUGGAUAGAAGUCCGUUAUUUAGCUGUAGGUCUAGAUAGCAGUGCUGUCAAUUUUCAGUACCACAUGAAGACGAUCCCAACCUUCACGUUGCAGGCGAUUCAGAAUCUGCUGCUUGAAGGCGAUGUGACAGACGCAUUGACGAUACUCGCGAAGCAAAUAGCGGCCAGACAAGAAGCUCAUCCGCAGCCUAAAGAGCAGAAGAUCAGCUCUUUGCUGGACUACGUGCCGGCACAGCACCUGAUUCCCUUUCUGUACAGUAUGAUUCACGUCGCGGGCUACCACAGCAACCUUUCCGUCGACCGCGAGCUCUACGCGCGCGUGGCUACUCUGUCCGACACCUUGUUUUCCCUCCUGGAAAAGCGAGCGGAGAGCUGUCUGAAGGCUGGUCCGUCUUCACCUGCAGCCACUUCUGGGAAAGGCAGUUCGUCCUCAAGUUCCUCAACCGCGCUAGCGGUUGUAGUUGUAGACGGAGGAGGAGCACCACGACCACUUCCUGGAGACAAAUCUCUGUGGUUCGAUCCCCAGAAGCUGCACGAACACGGGUUCACGAAACUACACGUGAGCAACUUCUGCAACCUGUUGUGGGGUCUGGCGAAAGUGAACAUGCUGCAUCGGUUUCCGUAUCUGGUGCAACUAGCGGUAAACGCGGUGAUGGAGUCUAUGCCGGUUCUGAAAGCGCACAACCUCGCCAGUCUCAUGUGGGCCUUCGCGGCCAGCGGCGUCUAUGACGAAGCGCUGUUCUACGCCAUCACCGGAAGAGGUACUUACACUGCCUUUAGUUUUACACUUCUGUUUCUGGGUUUUGCUUGUACGCUCAUUUUGCGAAGGGCAUGAUCUGCAACGGGGCUUCUAAAAAUCAACUGAUCACAAAGCCGCCGAAAUUGCGGACACUUUUACACCCCAACUGCUGCAAACGAUCCUCUGGGGCUGUGCGGCUGCGAACUUCGUACCGGAAGACGAGGCGAACCAUUUUGUGGAGAAGAUGAUCCGGCGCGUCCACAUCGUGCUCGACUAUUUCUACUGUUGCGACCUGCCCAACCUCGGGUGGUCCUUGGCGAAACUGGACGCUGAUUGCCUGCGCGACCUCUUCCCCACCUACCAUGCAAAGGUCUACGAGAUCUACUCGCUAGACGACUGCGCCGCCGUGGCUUUGGCGUACUAGUAUGCUUCCUUUUGAUGUAGUUCGACCGCAGGUGUCGCAGUUUUCAUUCAGAACUCCUAACGAGCAGCAGCGUCGUCCCUUUUGAUGUGUUCGAUUCUGCAUUGUUUUUGUGCACCAGCACGAAGUAGAGAGUAGAACCUUUUGAAAAUCCUUAUCCUCCAGGUUUGCCAAGGCAGGACUGCUCUUACAGCAGGGGUUGUGGCGCAAGAUAAGCGAAGCUUCCCUGAACUUGAUGAGUUUGUCGGAGGGAGGAGGCAGAACCGUAAAGCAGGCAAACGAGGUGGCGAUUGUGGUCUACGCUUUUGCGCACGCCAAUGUUCUCGAUCGCACGCUUUUCAACACUGCCUGCAAACGCGCGAUCGAACAGAAGAUUAGGUAUACCAAAUUUUUCUACUUCGCUGGCGGUCGGACGCGGAACCCACUUCGCUUCUCUCGAUUAUUUGUAAAACAUACUUAUCCGGUUCCGGUUCCGGCACCGGGUUUUUGUUCUACUCCUAGCUGUCUGACGAGAGCAUUUUUGCGGACCUUGAUUGGUCAAACAUGGAUGAAAGGACGAACGAUCCUCAAGCUUCAUCUGCCUAUGAACAUAUGAUCAGGUUUGACGCGAUCGCCGGGGUGCGGAUGCUGUAUGCCCUUGCGAAGGUGCACGCGACGCAUUUGCCUUUUCUGAAGUACAUUUUGCCGAUCAUCAAGCAAGCUCUCGAACUCGCGCCCGACCACCAAGCAGCCACCAGGGAUUCCCCGCAGCCGUUGCGAACCAACGAGCUGUGCAAACUGACGUACGCGUGCUGCGGGUUGGGCAUCAGCCGACUGAACCAUUUGCUUUACCGCGUUCUAAUGAAGCGCGUCGGGUCGGUCGCCUGGAAUCACCUCGGCUUUCUCAUACAGUCGUGUCACGGCCUCGGCAUUCUAACGGAUGCACUCGCGGCUCAGGUACAACUCGCGACCUGUUGUUGCAUAGUAAGUACUGCUACGUGUUACCCGCUUUCGAUGUUCCGUGAUCCAUAGCUUUGGAAGUAUGUGUGCUAGUUGCCAAUAUUGCAAGUCUGGAAGUGAUCUCUCCCGUUGAUAGAUUGCCGCAAGAACAUGAACAAGCAGAAGGAGAAGAUACAUAGAGAUGCAGAUGGUUCUUGAUUUCUCAUAAACAUACCCUUGCUUCAGUUCGUCCCCUUGUGCCUGAAGCACAGAAGGCAGAUGACGGCCACCAUGCGCGGGCGCGCGGUCGAUUCAUUGUACACCUGUAGCGCGCUGUAUUUCAACGAGGACUGGAAAUUUUUCCACAAGCUGCACUUGCAGGAUGUGGAGGAAACUUUUCUCCCGCACAUCCUCUCGAGGAGAAAAGGACCCAUCCUGAACUACGCCGAGCCGGGUACAACAGCUACAACGGCAUCUGCAUUCCCAGCUUCCCACUCAUCAGACUCUGACUCGCACGCGGAUGACGCUCGAAGUUGUGCCCAGAGCAGCUGGGUCAUUUCCUCUCCUGCAACGACCGGCUCGCCCGACCUUUCUGGUCUCGCGGUCGAGCUCGAACACCAAACAUCGAAAGCAGGGGACGAUGGCACGACGACCGCGGCAGCCGCGAAGAAUGUGGGGGAGGAGGAAAAAAGUUCUUCGAAGAAAACUACAGUAUCGAAAAGUAAAAUGAUCAGUGCAGCUGCAGCAGACGAGCAAGAAGGGAGUAAGUCGAAUGAUCCAGCGGGGAAAAAGAAUACGACAAGUAGUGCAAAUGCAAGCAGCGAGUUUUUGCUUGCCUCGUGUGGCACCACGCCGACAAGCAAAACUGAUUUGCUAUCCACAUCCACCAAGGAGGCCAAUAUACAGACGCCCGAUGUCGCGCCUCUUGCCGCUGAUGAAGGGGAAGCGACUGGAAACAAGAGCAAACCAGAGACCGUUAACAUCGAGAGCCCCGCUUUGGCAGGUGGAAACUUCAACUCGCAGGAACCAGCUGAUGUGACCGUAAGAACAGACUCAUCUUCCGUUGAAGAGGGUGGCGCGAAGGAAGAUGCUGCAGUUCUUCAUCCCCCGGAGACGCAAGCGGACGUCGCUUCUGCCUCGAAGGAGCAACAAGCAGCCGGAGGUGACACAAAUAUUAAAGCGGGAGAUGUAGCAGGAGUCGCAGGUUCAGCAGGCGCGGAAGGUCUUCCGGGAGUAUUAGACAACAAGAAAGAGGAAAGCAAAACGAAAACGUGGUUUCGCGGCAAGGCAAAGAAAACAGUGACCGCCGACGGUGAGAUCAGGAGCAGGCAAGAUUCUGCCUACGGCCAGAAGGACGAAAUCAACCUGGGGCGCGUGGGGACGGACUACCUAUUCGAGCUGCUAGAGUUCGAGCUCCCCAGCCCCGUCUGGCUGCGGCGCGCAUUCAGCAAAAUGUCCCAAGAAGAGCACCCGGACCGCGAAACCAUCGUCAUCGAGGCGGCCCCGCAAGCGCGCGAAUCUUCCUGGCACUUGCUGCAGCACGCGCCCAAGGUGAUUGAUUCCAUGGAUCCCCACCGCACCGCGGAAAACCCGGAGCUGGACGCCACCUACGCAUUGUGGCUCAGGUACUUUUACUCUUUCGAAAAAAUAGUGAAGAUCAGCAGUGGCAUAGUGCUCCUCGGUUCUUUCUUACUAGUUGAUGUGAGAGCGAUAUUUUCAUGGCAUCUUGUGUGAGAGCGAUAUUUUCAUGGCAUCUUGACACUACUAAACCAAAACGCAAUUCAAAAUGGAUUCUUCUGAGGUUGGGUGAGGCGGCGCAAGGAGCAUUUCGAGACGCGGGUGGCAUGCGCAUAACUAUUCUGUUUACCUACUCUCCGAGUCUGGCUGUGGUACAGCGCCUUUUCAACUUUCGCGAGAAGUAUUCUCGCUUUCUUGAAUGCGAAGUGUGCCUGUCUUGCGUCUAGGGGACAGCUACUGCCGCACCGCGAGCGUGGUCAGCGAGGUGGGGACUACCGUCGUCGUUUUUUUUUGUUGCAGACGAGGUGGAGACAGAUGGAGAUGCAUGGGACGCGCAACGAACAGGGUGACGAAUGGGCCACACUUCAGAGAUACAGGAGCCGCUGCUUACAGCGUCUAUAGUUAGAUGUCGACGUUGCUUCCAACAAGAGCAAAAUCUUCAAGUUGAAAAGAUGUGUAAAAAUUUCUUUAGCUUUUGCUUUUGGUGAAGCAAGACAAGAAACAAAGUUUCGGCCAUGAUGGUCCAUUUAAUAGCAGUGCCUACCCUCUGUGUCUGACGCUGAUCAGUUACGACAUAUGAGACACGUUUUUUUGCUUUCGGAUUGGCAGUUGAGACAGGGCGGGCUCUGUGUAGGCCGAAACUUUUCCGAGAUGUCGGAUACACAAGUCUUCAAUAAAAGAAACAGCAAGUAGAACAGCACCCACCUUCUAGCUGCAGCGAAAUUAUUCUUCUCAGACUGACAGCGAAUUACUUACUUUUUUAUCUAGUACUUCAAGUUCGGUGAUUGGAUCACUGCAUGCCCAUCCCUAGCUAUGGGCAGGCUGCAUUGUUUUUGUAGCGAAAAGAAAAAGAUGUUAAAAGAUAUUAAAAACACAAGACGAUGAAGGUCGUACUUCCUGGCCUGAGGUCGUGCGAUUAAGUGAAAAUUACACUAAUAAAGUCACUGCAGUCUCACCGAAGAAAGGCACAUGAAUAACUGACGUGAGUUUUCAAUAUUUUACGGGUAAAAACACAAAAACAACUGGUAGUCCCUUCAUUUACGUAGAAAUACCAACCACAAGACGUACUAUUUUGGACGAGAUUAACUCAAUUUUUCCCAGUAGAUUUUGCCUUUCGAUAUCAACCUCUUGCGGAUUAGUUUUAAUUGAUUCCUCUAAUAAAACACAAAAUUGUUGGCAGCAUCGACUGCGAAUGAGGCGAAGCUCCUCGCCACUUUCUUCGCGUAUGGUGCGAGGCUGCUGGAUUCAGUGCCUCCGGCAGGCAGUCCAGCGCUUUUUCGUACCAGAAAUAAAUUUGCUUACGAAGUGUGAUAUUUUUUAACUUGAACUGAAGCCGAAGACUUGCUUCAAGCUAAAUUUUGCGCUGUAUUUUUCUUUUGAGCCGUGCGGUGUCUAUUUGUAUUUCGUUCUCGUAGAGCCGAAACGAGAAUGGAUGCGCUAGGAAAUGCGGCAAAAAAAAUUAUCCCGCAGAGCAAUAGGUGGUCUUUUCGGCCCGCACGCCUACCCGGAUGCCCCUCAGUCUCAGCGACCCGGCAUUUAUGUUGUAUUCACUUUGAGUUUUUAUCGGUCGGGCGCACAUCAAGCUCUCUAGAAAUUAAAAAAACCAAUCAAAUUGUUCGCUUUCAUCUGUUAGUUUAAGGAUUCUUGCCAAUAGAAGCUUCAGGAAAAAAUUCUUCCCAUGCGAGAGAAACAGCGAGCUUCGCGUCCUUCUCAAACUACGACCCACAAAUCACGAUAAUUGCUACGCCUUCUCGUAGGAUGAAUGAGAUUUUGCUUAAUAUUUUUGAUGCUGAUGUCACUCAUCUUCUGUUGGCGGAGAAGAACAAAAAGAGAAACAAACAAAAGAUGUUAGAUGUGGGGCUAUCUAUGCGAAGGCGUACCUGAUACUUGAAAAUGCAUUUUUUCCGUUGAAGAUACUCAAAUACAUGUUCAGACUCAUAUGCAGUGUCAAAUUUAUUAGAGUUGAACGUAAUGUUGAAGUUUGAUGGCAUACAGAAAAUUUUGCAGCAACAGCAAUCCCAACCGUACAGACAACCGGAAAACCUAAAUUUCGUGUCACUGUCGGUUUGACGCGAAGAAAUCUUUGCUGAAUCGGUUUUGAUGGCAAAUUACGAAACAACAGACGGUGCUCGGUCCGAAACAACUGACGCAAGAAAAGCGUG